UGCGAUGACCUGGAUCCAGUGGUCAAAACAGCGGCCGGUGUGGUGACCCUAUUCGAGACGAGUCUGGGCGGCGACCGAUUCAAGCGGACAGACCUCAAGUUCGGCGACCAUCACAGCGAACACCCGACAAAAGUACAGAACCUGACCGUCGAUCGGACCAAACGGGUCCAGAAGAUUGUCGGCUUCGGCGGCUCCUUCACGGACGCUACCGGCUAUACGAUCUCCACUCUACCCGACGCCCUCCAGAAGCAUAUCAUUGACGACUAUUUCUCGGCCAAAGGCGUUGAGUACAAUCUGAAUCGUUUGCCGAUAGGCGGCGCCGACUACUCGCGACGCGCCUACAGCUACGAUGACGGACACGACGGCGACUUAGAGCUCAAACAGUUCGCCCUAACCGAUGAGGAUAAGACGUAUAAGAUUCCGUACAUGAAACUGGCCAAACAAGUGAGCCCGCACACACAGAAGUUUUUUGGCAGCCCCUGGUCGGCACCCGCCUGGAUGAAGACAAACAACGAGCUCCACCACGGAGGCUAUCUGAAGGGCAAUCCCGGGGAACAGUACUAUAAAGCAUUUGCCAAAUAUUUUGUUAAAUUCCUCGACGCGUACAAAGAGCAGGGUCUGGACAUGUGGGGCGUGACCAUCGAAAACGAACCGUCCGCCGGCAGUCAACCGACAUACGAGUUCAACUCAAUGGGCUUCACGAAAGAGAUUCAGAAGGACUUCCUGGUGAAAGACUUGGGACCUGCUUUGUCAGCCGCCGGCUACGGACCCGACAAACUCCAGGUCAUGAUCUUCGACGACCAACGGGACCACAUCCACGAGUGGGCGCAGUAUAUCUUCUCGGACAAGGAGGCGGCCAAACUGGCCGCGGGCACCGCCUUUCACUGGUACCAGAACAACAAGGACAAUAUUGGCAACUUGAAAAAGACCCUGGACGCCGACCCCACUAAGUUCAUCAUCAACAGCGAGGCCAGUGUCAGCGUCAACAAGAAGGAGAAUCCAAAUCAGGGCGAUUGGGGUAAUGGUCUCGAGAAUACUGUGCGCGAUAUUAUCGACGACCUCAACAAUUACGUGUCCGGUUGGGUGAACUGGAACAUGGCGCUGGACCUACAGGGCGGACCAAACUGGGCCGGCUUCAAGGCGUACGCCCCGAUCCUGAUAGACGCCGCCAAUAAGACCUACUACAAGCAGCCGUCCUUUUACGGUCUGGGUCAUAUCAGCAAGUUCAUUUUGCCCGACUCGUAUAAGUUGGACUUCCAUGAGACCACCAAGAUCGAUCGCUACCAGAAUACGGCAGCCGUGAGAGCCGAUGGCGGUGUGGUCGUGGUUAUCAUGAACUCAAGCGACGACCUUGUUGAGAUUAACAUUAAUGAUGCUGGACAAAAGUUGUCGCAUUACGUCAAACCCCAUACCCUGCAGACCUAUAUCUAUUGGCUUUGAAUUUACUAAUGGGUGUUAUUUUUUAUGGCAAUCAUUGUAAUCGUGAUAU